AUGCACCCGGUUACAGAGGUCGGGUCGGCGCGGGUCGUGUGCGCAACCGUAGAGGCUGCCAGUCGCAGACGUCGAGCUAGAGCAGCCUGGGCAAUGAACUCUUCAGGAAACAACGAAAAUUUUGAGGGCAGUAACUCCAGACCUUUUUUUCAUGUGCACCCCGUGGCCCAGCAGCUUCACCUGGGUCCCUGGUACCAGAAUCCUGUCUAUAAUCCAUUCUCCAUUCCUGGGGCAGGUUUCACAAAUGGAAGUCUGUAUUUUUCAUAUCCUGUGGUGCUCAAUGAGUAUCCUGGUUUCCUCGUCCCUCAAUCCCCAUUGCCCACUACUCUUAACCGACGACCCAUAGUCCCUGUGUUUUAUAACACGGCACAAUUCCGACAAUAUGGUGGCUAUUGGGAAAAAAUGAAAACAAAGGACACACAAACAGAAACUGAACCUCAACAGGCUGAAAACUUGAAUGAAAAACAAGACGUGCACUCAGAAGGCGACAGCCCUGAUGUAGGAAGGGUGACCAGUAUCCCUACAAUUACAUCAAAAGAAACUAUGCCAUUGUAUGAUGUGGCUUAUGGUAAAGCCAUGCCAGGGAACGAGGUGCAGCACAAUGGGAUUUCACAAACUUCCUGUGAAAGUAGAGGUGUGCUCUAUAGCCCUCGUGAGGGUAGAGACCACAUGAACUUGGGUGAAGAAAAGAAGGGAUAUGCAGCUGUUUCCCAAAACCCACCACCUCCAACUGACAGAGAUGAGAUCCAGAAUAGCCUGAACUCAAAAUUGGGAAGGUAUGCCAGAGAUGGCUCCCCUGAGGAUGUGGGUGGAGAGGAAGAGGUAGAGAGCAAUAGCUACCCUGAGGGGGGUGUUCCAUCCACUACCUGGUUGGCCCAGUUCAACAAAGUAGGUCAGGCCACCCAGUGCGAUAUGAGUUGGUGGUAUGAGGUACAGUCUGAGAGUUCCCCUGAGUCUUCACCAGGAAAUGGUAGAAAGGGAGCAGAGCAGAUGUCAGUGGGGAGCAGGAACCAGGAUGAAGUUGAUGAGGUAGAGAGCAAUGGCUGCAAGGGGCACGUUCCCUCCCCUUCCUGGUUGGCCCAGUUUACCAAAGUAGAUGAGGGCAUCCAGUGCGACAUGAGUUGGUAUGAAGCACAGGUAGAGAAAUCCCCCCAGCAGAUGCCCUCCAGAGAUGAAGGGACCUCACCAGACUGCAAAACCAAGGGGUCAUGGAAAAAGCCAGUCACAAAUAGGAAAUUAAGUGCAGACAAAGAUGAAGUGAUGGUGAAUGAUAAGAUUGGGGAGGUGUAUAAAGAGAACUUGAAAAGGUGUGCAGAGAUUAAAAAGACUGUGAAAGGCAGGGAGGUGAAAGACCUGAGCAGCUUCUCAAAUGUUAAGACAGCCUAUUUGUUGAAAAAAAGUGCUGCCUUGACCAUUGUGCUUCCUGAGGAUUCAGAAGACUCUGAGUUGGAAGUUGAAGAUGUAAUGCAUGAGGUAGAAUGCCUCCUUGAAGAAGUGAGUCCACAGGGCCCUCUGACAUCUUCCAAAGGAAGGUCUUAUCGGAAGGCUGGAAGGAUAAUCAGGAUGCCACCUGAGUGCUCUGUCCCUCCCCAACUUAUGGUCUGGCCCACCAGAAAUAAGUACAGGUUAUUACAAGCUGGUGGUGAAUAUGAGCACGUCGUCCCUGUGGUUUACCAGCUGAAACGACAGGAUGGCUGUGAAAGCGCUGGUGUCACCCUCCGAAGAAAACACACAAUGCCCAAGCCAGAUGGACUGGAGUCCAGGAGAGCCUCUCACAAACCACUGGAAUGUAACUAUGAGAGAGCUAAAACCAAGGUACCUUACAAAGUACCAGAGAUUUGA